AUGCCUCGCAAAAGGAGAUGCGAUUCAAUUUCGUUUCAUAGGGAGGAAAUAUGCAAGUUGCUGGUUCGAGGGCCCAAAUCUCGCUCGGAUAUGCCUUAUCAUGUUCCUCUGGAGUUCAUCAAAAAGAUUGUUCGAAAAGUGCUGAAGAAAACAUUUACGGCUCAUUUGGAUCACUACGAAACCAUUCUAGGACAUGGACACAGCUUCCGGAAGGGUAAAUAA